UAUUUUCUGGGGCUGUGAGCGAGAACAGAGUCCCACCUGUUUCUGUUUCUCUUCCUUAUAAAGACUCUAGUUUUCACCGCCUCUCUCUCUCUCUCUCUCUCUCAUUCUCUACUCAGAACCCAAAUAAAAUUCCAUAUACUCAAAAUCUCAACACUGCUCAUCCUAUGCCCCACAAUGCAUUUUUCUAAUACCCAUUUGGCCAAAAUGGAAUAUUGUCCUUCUUUCCCUAUACCAAAUUGCUUGGUUACAUGAUUACUGCAUUGGGGGUAUUUCCUGAAUCCUUAUACAAAGCUUUUUUCUGAGGAUUUGAGUAAUGGGUAGAAGAGAAACGCAAGUUUUGGAGGGCAGAAAAGAUGGCUUUUUCUCCGACUCUCAAUUGAGACUUCAAUGGAGUCUCCAAGAUGGAAAUUUCCACCCUGGUGGCUUAUUUGCUUGUGUGGGUCAAAUGGGCAACAUGGGUUUUGGAGUUUCACCAAAUUCGCCCAAUUCAAGAGACGAUAAUGGUGGCUUGAAGCUUCCAUACACUGAUUUGUUUGUGAAGUAUUUGUCAUCGCCAGAGGGUUUUAAAUUUGUGGGUGUUCCAGAAGAGGAAGGGAGUGUGAAGAAGAAGAAGAAGAAAGGUGGGCUUAAAUUGAAGGUGAAGAUUGGAAACCCUUCGUUGAGGAGGUUGAUAAGUGGAGCGAUUGCUGGGGCAGUUUCUAGAACUGCUGUUGCUCCAUUGGAGACAAUUAGGACACAUUUGAUGGUUGGAAGUAGUGGACAUUCUAUUACUGAGGUGUUCCAUGAUAUCAUGAAGACUGAUGGGUGGAAAGGAUUAUUUAGGGGCAAUUUUGUUAAUGUGAUUCGGGUUGCGCCAAGCAAAGCCAUAGAGCUAGCUGCUUAUGAUACGGUCAACAAGAACUUGUCACCCAAACCUGGGGAACAGCCGAAACUUCCUAUACCUGCAUCACUUGUUGCAGGGGCAUGUGCUGGAAUCAGCUCCACGUUGGUGACAUAUCCACUUGAAUUACUUAAGACUCGUUUAACUGUAGAGAGAGGAGUUUAUGAUGGUUUGUUUGAUGCGUUUAUUAAAAUAUUGCUGGAGGGAGGACCUGGAGAGCUGUACCGAGGUCUCACACCUAGUCUAAUUGGUGUGAUACCGUAUUCCGCCACAAAUUACUUUGCAUAUGACACGUUAAGGAAGGCCUAUCGAAAAAUCUUCAAGCAAGAGAAGAUUGGCAACAUAGAAACACUCUUGAUUGGAUCCACGGCUGGUGCUAUAUCAAGUAGUGCAACGUUCCCACUUGAGGUGGCUCGCAAGCACAUGCAGGUCGGGGCUCUUAGUGGAAGACGAGUGUACAAGAAUGUGCUUCAUGCUCUCACGAGCAUACUUGAACAGGAAGGGAUCCAAGGGUUGUAUAAAGGCCUUGGCCCCAGCUGCAUGAAGUUGGUGCCUGCCGCUGGGAUUUCAUUCAUGUGCUAUGAGGCAUGCAAGAGGAUUUUGGUUGAGAAAGAUGAUGACGAAUAGAAGAGAUUUUUUCAGUCGAACUAGUGUUACUGAGUUCCCUGGUUUUUGGAGCAUGGACAGAAAAUGGCAUAAAAUUUUAUAUCUCUUGAUUAAUUUCUGUUGCAUCUUUCUUUUUCCCUUCGAAUUUUUUGUUUGAGAUUCAGUUCUAGGAGCCUGGUUUACGAGGUUAGAACUGAUACGUCUUAAACAACCAUUAUAAGCGAACUUUCGUUUUUUGUUUUUGUUUUUGUUUUUUGUGGAAGAAUGAUCAAAUUGCAGU